AUGAUGAGAGAGCGAAGGACAUGUGCUUUUGGGGCUGGAAGCAAGAUCUGCAGUAUAUCUGAGAGUGCUCUGCACAGGGCAUUUGCUGAGGGACGAUUGAAAGCAGUUGUUGAAACAACACAGGAUAGAUGUGUGAAUCGCAUGACUCUUCUUAAAGCCAAAAAUCUUUUUGGAAAGCAGCUGUCUAAGAUGCCGGGCGAGUAUAUACUGAGGCAAGUCUUUGAUCCAAAGCAUGCAUGCAUGGUAUUUAUUGAUGAGAAGAAUGAAGUGGUUGCAGGGAUAUGCUACAGGCCGUUUUUUGAGAGGAGAUUUGCAGAGAUAGUGUUUCUUGCUGUUGAUUAUGAAUUCCAGGUUAAAGGAGUUGGAGGGUUUAUGAUGGAUGUAUUCAAGGAGAUGAUCAAGAUGGACAUGAAGAGCCAUGUGGGUGAUUAUACUGAUGAGGUGAUGGGGAUGUGCAGGAUUUGUAGGAAGGAGGUGAGCUACCUUGAUAUGUUUGGCAGUGGGCCUGAUUGCAGUGGGAGGGAAUGCUUUUAUUUGAUUGCAUAUGCAGAUGUUUUUGCAGUAGGAUAUUUCAAGAAGCAGGGGUUUUGUGAGGAGGGAGUGUUUGAUGGAUGGAUUGGAUGUAUCAAGGACUAUGAUGGGGGAACGAUUGUUGAGUGCAGAGUGUUUUGGGAAGUGAACUAUCUGAGGAAAGAUGAGGUGAUUGAUGGAAUGAGAAGAAGAUUUGAUGAGGAGAUGGUGAAUGCCGAUGGAUAUUCUGAGAUGCAUAAGAUUGAGGACUAUUCUACAGUGAAGGGGGUGAGAGACAUACCGGGGAUGAGUGUAGAAGAUGAAAGAGCAAGUGAGGGAAGAGGUGAAGAGGCAGAAGCAAAAACAACGACCAAGAUGUUUAUUAUGUACAUGAUAUGCGACUUGAAGAGGAACACAUGUGCAUGGCCGUUUGCUAAGCCUGUGUGUGCGAAGGAGGUGCCUAAUUAUUAUAAGCAUGUGAAGAAGCCGAUGGACAUAUCUAAGAUGACUGAAAAGGUUGAUAAGGGAGUGUACAAGAGUGUGAGGGAGUUUGAAGAGGAUGUUCGGCAGAUGAUAGCGAACUGCCUGAGCUACAAUGGAAAGGACACGCAGUAUUACAAGUGUGGGAAGAUGCUUCUCAAGCACUUUGAAGAGAGGAUAAAAACGUACAAGCAUGUGAUUGACAGGAUUGGAUGA